GCAAAACAAGUUCCUUAAGGGUGUGUGCUGCGGCUGAAACAGAAAUGCCAAGAGCACGAACCGGACCCGGAGCAGGGGUUCCACAGGAUAUGGAUGGUUGCUCGACUGAAAGAUACCCAUCAUAUGGUAGUGGCACUCUAGCGCCAUCUACGGGCAUUUUUGGUAUUACAAAUUACGAUUUGCUGUGGAACUAAAGAAAAUGAGUUCCACAUUUUUGGUAUUUUUAGUAUUUAUUUUUCAAUUUCCAAAUUUUUAAUUUUUCAAAAUUAAAAUGUAUAUAAAUUAAACAUAAAAACUUAUAUUAAAAAGUAUUCUUUUAUAAACAUUAGUUUCAAUAAUAUACCCCUUUUUUUUGCAUAAAUCAGGGUAUCAUAACAACAACAAAUGCACGCCACCGGUAUCGGAGCCGUCCGGUGGUUUCUGCCUCCGUAUCCGUCCCUUGUAUCCACCACUCACUGUAUUUCAUCCGCAUUUUCGCGCCAUGCGCCGUUAACUGCCGCUCUCUCACUCUCACUCUCCCUCUCUCUCAGUUUGCUUUUCUCUCAGUGGUGAGUGAGUGGCUCUCCCGCGAGAAUCUCUCAGCAAGAAGAAGCAUGGCGGAGAGCGGCAGCGGCAGAGGCAGCGCAUGAACAUAACAUCAAACAGUUUUUUGAUUUAAAUGAGUGAAGGUUGGAAAGAAUAUUCUUCCUAGUCGAAGUGGGUCAGUAUUCGAAUCGGUUCGAUUAAGCCAAAUACGACACAAAAAAAAAAGCGCUCAGCGCACUGUAGCCAGCAGCACACUGUAAAACAGUUAGACAACUGCAACGAAAAACACGCCCGCCAAAGAAAGUGGAAGAAGCAGCAGCCGACGCGCCAAGCUCACAAUAAGAGGGAACUGUUCAUGGGCUCAUAAUUUCGUUUGCACGAGGGUGGCCCAGUGGCAAGUCGCUCCAGUCGCACAAGCACCAGCAGCAGCACACCGCAUUUCAAACGCCAAAAAAGCCCCGGAUGAAAAUGUAAACAUUUUGUAAACAUUACAACGAUAAAUGCUUUCCAACGACUGCCGCCGCCGCCGAGUGCCUACCUAGCAAGUGAUCAUCAUCGAUUAAACACAUGAUAAACGCCUAAGAACGGACCUAAGAACCAAAUCGUAUAAUUUGCAGCGACUAUGGAAUACCCUCUGGCCGUGUAAAGUGUAAAAAAAAAAAAUAUUUACAGCGAAAUAUCGCCACUCCAUCGACUGCCGCCUUGUGCUAUAGCAACGUGAUCUCACCACUCUUAUGAUGGAACUCUUGUCAAACAAUUCGGUUCCGCAACAAAUGGCCAGCAGCAAUGCGCCGAGCGCCAACGGCGUGGCCAACGGCUCCUCCACGGCCAACGGCAGUGGCGGGGGCAGUAUUAGCAGCAAUGCCAGCAACUCCUCCGAACGGCUACUAGCCGGCAUCCUCGAGAGCUUCCCCUCCUGGGACCUCAACGUGGGUCUAUUACCCAACAUGGGUCAGAGCUCUCCGCCACGAACCGACUUCUUCAUAAACAACUUCUUGGGCGGACUAGACACACACGGGGAUUUCAGCAUGGGACCCAUUGGUAGUGGGGCGCGUAGCAAUCCCAAAAUGUCACCCGAGUCCUCGAACAACUCGAGCAUUAGCUGCGGCUGGUGCGAGGUGAGCGCCUCGAUACGCUGCCUCGAAUGCAACGAGUUCAUGUGCAACGACUGCUUGAGGGAGCACCGCAACAGUCCUCUGUCCUCCAAUCACUCUAUCGUGUCCCUGCCCACGCCCAUUGGAGCCUCGCCCACUGGCGGGAGCUCGGCCAACGCUCAUACACCGCCCAGCGGAAACUUCAUCUGCGACAUUCACAACGAGAUGCUGCGCUAUGUGUGCGACUACUGCCGGAAGCUGGUGUGCCAAUGCUGCACGCUGCACGAGCACAAGGAGCACAGCUAUGCCUCCAUCCAGAGCUUUAUGGUUGGCUCCAAGGGGAAGCUGGAGACAGCCAUCGAGAGCAGCCAGGUGGGCACACGGUGCAUCAAGAGCAGCAUCGACAAGGCUCUGGCCUUCAUCCGGCUGAUCGAGCGCAACUGCAGCGAGCUGAGCGACAAUAUCCGGAAGGCCUUCCGCCAGUUCAUCAUCGCCAUUGAGGACCGCGAGCGCUUCCUUCUCGACUUUGUGGAGAAGCUGCGCCAGCGCCGACUGGCCAUCCUGCACGACCAGAUGGCGGGCCUGAAGUCCGCCCUGGCCGGACUCUCCGAAACCUCCGACAUGCUCAGCAAGGUGGCCGACAAUGCCUGCAACUUGGACCAAAUCGAAAUCGCCAUGAAGCUGACCAACGGCCAGCGACAGAUGGAACAGUUCGCGGGCAUCUACAAGGACCUGCAGCCCAAGCAGGAGGUCUUUGCUUUCGCCCCGCCCGACUACAGCCUGUUGCAGGACAUCCGUAACCAAGGCGGCGUGAUCCUAGUGGAUGAUAAGAACAUGCCAAUCGUAUCCAGCACCAAUGGCAUUGUGCCGAGUGUCUCGAGCGUGAGCGGAGUGCCCUCCACUUCUGUGGGUGUUGGCGUGACUGGCGUAGGUGCUGGUGUGGGAGUCGGUGGCGUUGGAGUGACGAAUGGCAUGGACAUGGCCUUCGGCUUGAACAUGGCCACAAAUCCGCUGAAUGUGGCUUCCUCAACAGUGCGCCGUCCGUUGCUGCGCGACAACAGUUUCCGGAUCCCAUCGCCCAUCAUGCAGCCGCGCGGCGGCAGCGCUUGUGGAAUGUCCAAUGCCGCUCUGGACUGGGAACUAAACGGACUGCGCAGCUCCCCGGGACUACACUUUAGUGCACCACGAACCACACAGGCCAUUCCCGGCUGCAUGGAUCUAGUCAAGGUGCGAAACUCCAACGCUCUUUCCCUAUCCUUUGCCACCGAAGGACACGAGGACGGGCAGGUGAGCCGCCCGUGGGGCUUGUGCGUGGACAAAAUGGGGCAUGUGCUAGUGUCGGAUCGACGAAACAAUCGAGUUCAAGUGUUUAAUCCCGACGGAUCGCUAAAGUUCAAGUUUGGAAGGAAGGGCGUAGGCAACGGCGAAUUCGAUCUGCCCGCUGGAAUCUGUGUGGACGUGGAUAACCGCAUCAUUGUGGUGGACAAGGACAACCACCGCGUCCAGAUCUUCACUGCCAGCGGCGUCUUCCUGCUCAAAUUCGGCAGCUACGGCAAGGAGUACGGCCAGUUCCAGUAUCCAUGGGACGUGGCUGUCAACUCUCGCCGUCAGAUUGUAGUCACAGAUUCGCGCAACCAUCGCAUCCAGCAGUUUGAUUCCGAGGGCCGGUUCAUCCGCCAAAUUGUGUUCGACAACCAUGGGCAGACAAAGGGCAUCGCCUCGCCACGAGGCGUUUGCUACACACCCACGGGCAACAUUAUCGUUUCCGACUUUGACAACCACUGCCUCUACCUGAUCGAUCCCGACAUCAAUGACAUACUGUCCGUGAAGGGACACGAGGGCUCGGGCUUCCAUGAGUUCAAUCGGCCCUCGGGCCUGUGCUGUGACGACGAAGGUCGCAUUAUAGUGGCCGAUUCCAAGAAUCAACGCAUCCUGGUCUUCAACCAGAACCUGGACUUUAUGUGGGAUAUUGAGGUGCGUCCCUCCAUAAAUCCGCUGAUGCCACCCACCCUGGACGAGAAGGAUCGCACCUGCGACGUGGCCCUUAUGCCAGACGGUCGGAUUGUAUUCCUCAUUGAACUAUCGCCAGACUCCAAAGAAGGGUCUAACCCUUACAAGCGGUUUGUGCACGUAUUCUAAAUUAGCGAGUGCCGAUCUUUUUUUAGACCAUUUACAAGAGCUAAGCAUUAGCGUAUAGACGAUAUCCAGAUAAGAUAUAUGGAUGGAAAAUGGAGAACAGGUGCAGACAGAUGCAGAUUCAGAUGCAGAUGCAGAAAAUCAGAAUUGAUUGUACGGAAAUUAGCGAAAAUUUUUAGCUUAAGUGCUACAACGAUUACCUCGAUAUUGCUUAAGAGUUACGGUUACAAUUUGGUAAUUUACAAUACAAUACGAAUUACACAUAUGUAUUAAUAGAUAUCUAUAUCUAUGCACAUAUGCAUAUAAUCUAGCGAAUAUACAAAAAAGCCCGAAAACAACCAACUAGAACUAAACACAAAAUGGAAAGUAUAAGGAGGGGGUGACUACAGAGUGGGAACGUGGUUGAGUAUAUUGGGUAUGAUUAGGAGAUAUAAUAGCCAUAGGAUCCGAAGGCAUACAGUAGAGUUAACGAACCUAGUAAAAGAUAAACGCAAAUAGGGAAACUCAACCAUUUACUAGAUGAAAAUAUUCUUACCUGUUAGUUAGACUGAAAGGCAGUUUGCUAGCUGAUAUAAGGAUUUGGGGGAAUGGUAUUUCGUUUUUUUUUUUUAUGGGGUUGCUUAGCGGAGAAACUACUAGAUCUGAUCGAUUUUAAUUCGAUCAGAGUUACUAAAAAAAAAAGAAAAAUUAUUUGCAGAACUUCUGUGGGAUAUAAGAUGGUAUCAAUGUUUGUAUUAUUAUUUUAGUUCGUUUGUUUUAACUCUGUUUUUGACGUUAAUGACUAAGUUAAUUUUUUUGCAAAAUAUUUUAUAAUGAUUUCUUAUAAUUGAGACUGAGCAAGUGAGUACACGAACUUUGUAAAAGUAAAAACAAAGCAAAACAAACAUAAGAAAAAUAUUGAUGAAACCCGCUGACUUUUGGUUGAACUUUUAACAAAGACUGAUUAACUAAAAACCGCAAUUUCGGAGCCAACUAAAGAACCAUAUAUGGUGAGGCCAAAAAAAAAAGUGAAAAAAACAAAACAAAAAAAAUCCAAACACUCAAAUUGCAAUGACAUUGAUAACGUAAAGUAACUUAACAUAGCUUAACAUAAACAUACUUACAUAUAGACAUACCGAUAUCAUAUAGCGAUCCGAUCAUCCAGUCAUGAAUCAUCAUGAGCAUAGCUAAAAAAAAAACCGAGUUUAACUGACAUUCAUUCACAUUCACUCAAAAUUCAUCCAAAAUUCAUCCAUCGAAGCGACUUGCAUGCAUCACAGGGAUUUUCUUUUUUGUGUCAUCAUUAAGUUUAAAAAAAAAGGUAAUUGUGAAAUGAAUUUCCCACAGGAUACACGGCAGGUUGAAAGGAGGAGGGGUUAGCUAAAAGUGAAGUAAAAAGUUUGGGAUGGAUAACAGACAAAACUUAAAAAACAAAAAUCGAAAAAAUUAUCAUAAUUUUUGACUCAAUGUGUUCAUUAGCAUUUAGUAGACUUAGCGGGCGUGGCAUAGAAAAAAAAAAGAUGGAAAAAUCCAGAGCAAUAUAUGGGCGUAUUGAAUACACAUUUAGGUGACAUGUUCCUCGCAGAAACGAAACAAAAAAAACAUAAAGAAAUAUUGAAACUUAAUGGAAAAAUGAGAGUGCAUGAAUUAGCUGAAUUAUCUGUCUAGACUCUAGAGGUGGAACGAUUUUAAUAGCAAAUAUAUAGACACACAUAUAUAGAGAACCGACUAGAACCGAUACUAGGCUAAAAGACCAGGCGUUAAUUGCAAUGGGCAUCUGCUUAAAAAUGUAUUAGCCAACAUAGUUACUUAGUUUAUGUUAUGUUCUUACUGUUUUGAAACGUUCUAUUCUUUGUAUUUGUAUUUGUGUUCAAAACAAACUAAAAAAAAAAACACUAAAUAAUAUAACUAAAAAAAAGGAAACCCGGCUUCAACUGAGAGAACGAUGAUAUAGAAAGAUGUGUGUGUGUGAGAGAUAGCUAACACUCCUUCCACGUAAAAGCAACAUUGCAUAAAAUGCGCAAAACAAAACAAAAAAAAAACCCUGAAAAACUAUCCUUAAAAAAAUGAUGCAAAAAUGCCACUGACUCUACGAGAGCAGUUUCGGCAACAAAAAACAUAUACAAUAUAUUAUAUACAAGUAAUAUACACCAGAAAGCAGAAAAAAAGGGGAAAACCUACUACCAUAACUAGAGCUAUUUAGAGUAGAUAUCGUAAUUAUUUUACACCUUAGUUUAGCCAACCCCCUGGGAACUGGGUCCUGGGACCCUGGGGCCCUGGGGCCCAACACGAAUCGCCAUAAACAUAACAUACUCGUAACCUCAUUUUUAUCCAAUCGUACACACCUUGAAGCGCCGUUCAUUUCUUGUGAUCCAGAUCGAAUCAUUAUUCAAAACCACUCGCACACACCAGCGCACCGCAGAGCAUCCCACAUAUGUAUAUAUAAUAUCAUAUAUAUAUCGGGCCUAGCGACAUCUGAGAGAAUGCCAUAUUUUAAUAAUUGUGUGAGAUUUACUAGAAACCAAUACUAAAGAACUAAUACUUAUAUCAUUACAAAUGAGCGCCGUUUUCUAAAAGCCACAGUUUAGAAAUUGUGUAAAAAAUAUAAAACAAAAGUAAAAAAAAAAAUAUAUAUAUUAAUAAAAACAAAAAAAAAAAGGGAGGACAAUUAAUGGUUAAAACAUAAGCGAAUACCGAAUGCCAUAAUUCAAAAUAAAAAGCAUUUAAACAUAUAUAUCUAUAGAAUACUAAAGUAUGUUAAACACAACAAUUACUAAAAGUCAUGAGAAUAUUGAACAAUUUGCCAAAGGCUUAAGAAUCAAAAACAAAAAAAAACGAAAAUGGUAACAAAACUUACAUGAUUAAAAUAUAAAAAUAAAAAACACAAUACACUCACACAUUCAAAGAAAGCCUACGCAUAAAUAGUUAAUUAAACAAUUUUACAAAAGAUACAUACCAAAAAUACUUAAUUAAAUGCAAGCAGGUAUUUUUUCAAAUAAACAGAAUAUUCCAAAAAAAGAUAAACACGUUGCCCAACACACCUACAAUUAAUUCUAAAGCAAACAAAAAUGCUCAUAUACAAGUAGCUACUAAAUAAACACUAAACGAAUCCAAAACUUAAAUCAGGUAUUCAAAUUUUUUUCGAUUUACGUAUUUAGCAAUUAAGGAAAAUGCAAAAAAAAAAAUAUAUAAAUAAUAAGAAUGACCUAAAUGACUAAAAAUCCUUUGAGAGAUCCUUUGUGCGAUGCAAAGCCUGGUAAUGAUUUUUCUAAAAUUAUAACGAACAUUUAAAACCAACAUACAUAUAUUUAAAUAAGUAACUUUUUAUAAACCAAUCGAUUGACGAUAAUAAAACAAAGCAAAAAAUAAAAAAAAAAAACAAAACAAGAAAGAAAUGAACUCUUAUAUCAAAAUACAAUUUUGAGUAAAACUUUUAAUGACAAAAGCAAUUCUCAGUAAGCACAGAGAAAUGAUUUCAUUACUAUUAAAAAAAAAAAAAAGAAAUGGAAGAAAAACUUAAAAAAAUUAAA